AUGAGCUUAUCAUUGGAUGAAAGGUUUAAGGCCUUAAACAAGACAGUUCCGGUUGUUGACACACAUAAUGACUUCCCUUAUCUCUUGAGAUCACAGUUGCACUACGAGCUCCAUAAGGAUCCCAAGUUUGACUUUGAUUCCGUUCUUACGUGCCAUACAGACCUGGUGAGAAUGAGGCAAGGUGGGCUGGGCGUCCAAUUCUUCAGCUGUUGGAUUGAGUGUCAAGGUGACACUGAGCUGUAUGAGGAUUUCAACACCACCAGUGCCAUCGUUAGGGAUACUCUUGAGCAGAUCGAUGUUGUGAGAAGGCUUGUUGAUGACUAUUCUCAUAAGAUGAAAUUUGUGACAACUGCAGAUGAAGCCCUGCAGAGUUAUCGGGAUUCAGAUAAUGAAGUAAUCUCGAUUACACUGGGGGUUGAAGGGUUGCACCAGUGCGAUACGUCUCUAUGUGUCAUGAGACAGUAUUACGAUUUGGGUGUUCGCUAUAUUACCAUAACCCAUAACUGUGAUAAUCCCUUUGCUACAAGUGCGUAUUCAAUCAGCUGUGGCAGAGAGGAUAAAGGGCUGAGCGAAUUUGGAGUCGAUGCUAUAAAGGAGAUGAACAGGCUAGGAAUGAUUGUUGAUCUCAGCCAUGUGUCACAUAAGACAAUGGUUGAUGUGUUGAAGAUUGCAAAAGCUCCUGUGAUGUUUUCUCAUAGCUCCGCUUAUAGCUUGACUCAACAUGAGAGGAAUGUCAGGGAUGACGUAUUACAAAUGGUCAAGGCCAACGGAGGUGUUGUUUGUAUCAACUUUUACCCAGGUUUCAUCAAGAAGCACGGCGAUUCUCUUGACGAUGUCACGAUUGAAGACGCAGCUGCCCACGUUAAACACAUUGUGGAUACUAUAGGCUGGGACUAUGUUGGCAUUGGCUCUGAUUUCGAGGGUAUACCUACCGGCCCUAAGGGUCUAGAGGAUGUGUCAAAAUACCCUGAUCUUGUUAAGCUGGUCUGGAGAGAAACCAAUGCCACUGAAGAGGACAUAUCGAAAUUCAUGGGGCUUAACGUCUUGAGGGUCUGGAAAGACUGCGAACGAGUGUCCUCCAAGUUACGCUCCUCAACCAAGCCGGUGGAAUCCAACUGGGAUGGGAGAGCAUGGAACUUCCAGGAGUACGUCAAAGGAAUGGCAGAGCUAUACCCUGGUGCUAAGAAACUUCACCGCAAUAACUACACAGGGAAGCAGUGUAUAGCUUUCCCUGGGAAUGAGAAGUGA